AUGGAAGACAACAGUGCAGCAAUCAAGAUAGUAUCAUGGUUUUUACUCAUAGUGUCAACGGGAGCGGUCGCAACCUGCCUCAUAACAAGCUGGCAUCUAUUCAAAAGGAGAACUUUGGUCGUGGCUCUUCUUCUCAGCACUCUUGUAUCAUCCAUGGUUGCUGGAGCUACUGUAUCACUGGCUGCAACUCGUGGGUUGGGAAGGUCAUCAGAUAUCGACUCGGAGGAUCAACUGCUCGGUCUUCAACAGGCGCUUUAUAUUUCAGAGAUAUUCCACAUCUUGACGCUUGGGCUUGGGAAGGGCGCAUUAAUGGUACUAUUCUACAUGCUUCUCUCGGGGACUGGGCGAACCGGAUUGAUCUUGAAAAUCGGGGGAUUCCUCGCCUUGUGGACCGUGACGAUGAUAAUCGCGGUAUCGCUUGAAUGUCAUCCAGCCGAAGUUUGGAAUGUCGCAUCAGGAACUUGUAUCGAUGUAACCGCAUUAUGGAUAUAUUUCGGUGCCACAAAUAUUGCAAUAGAGGCUUUACUGCUCAUUAUUCCAAGUAUUGUGAUCUAUCGCCUAAACAUGCAGCUACGGAAAAGAAUGGUAGUCAUCGGAUGCUUCAGCAUCAGGACCUUGGACAUCAUAGUCGCCGCCGUUCAGUUACACUAUGUUCAAGCAUUCGACGCCCGAUCUUCAAUCCCAGUGGAUCUCUGGCCAUGGGUUAUGUGCAGCCAAGUCCUACAAACAGUGACAAUAAUCUCGUCCUGUGUGCCAUACCUUCGCGAAUUUCUUGAAGCAUUUCCUAGUGGUAUGUUCCAGCCAGCCGGGGUGGGCCCUUCUGGGCUGAGGUACGGAUAUAGAUCGACGAGGAUCAUAGGCAGUGACUCGGCAACGAAACAGAGCCAUGAGUUGUAUUUUAUUAAACAUUCUGUUUGA